AUGGCGGGCACGGGGGGCGCGGGAGGAGCGGCCCCGGUACCGGUGCCCCCCUGGUACCACCGGGACCUGAGCCGGGCGGCGGCCGAGGAGCAGCUGGCGCGGGCCGGGCGGGACGGCAGCUUCCUGGUGCGGGACAGCGAGAGCGUGGCGGGGGCCUACGCACUGUGCCUGCUGUUCCAGAAACACGUCCACACGUACCGCAUCCUGCCAGACGAGGAGGAUUUCCUGGCCGUGCAGACGUCACAGGGGGUGCAGGUGCGGCGCUUCAAGACGCUCAACGAGCUGAUUGCCCUGUACCUGCAGCCCAACCAGGGGCUGGUCUGCACCCUGCUUUUUCCUGUUGAGAGGGAGAAAGAGAAGGAGACCGUGGAAGACAGGGACUACUCGGACGGAGAGGAUGAGAAGCCACCGUUGCCACCACGCUCCGGCUCCACCAGUUUCUCUGGCACCUCGGUGGGACUCAGCCCCACUGGCCUGGGACCAUCUGUGCCGGAGGGACCAGUGGAGAGCACCAAUGGGCUCAUCAGCAUCUCCCAUGAGUACCUGAAGGGCAGCUACACCCUGGACCUGGAGGCAGUGAAGGGAGGGGCCAACAGCCUCCCCCACCUCAACAAGACCCUCGUCACGUCCUGCAAACGGCUGCACAGUGAAGUGGACAAGGUGCUGGCAGGGCUGGAGAUCCUCUCCAAGGUGUUUGACCAGCAGAGCUCCCCCAUGGUCUCCAAGAUUCUGCAGCAGACAGCAGGGCAGAGUGGAGAGCAGGAGCUGGAGAACCUGGUGUUGAAGCUCUCUGUGCUGAAAGAUUUCCUGUCCUCCAUCGAGAAGAAGGCACUGAAGGCCCUGCAGGAGAUGAGCUCAGCCGCUCCUGCCACCCCCCCUCAACCCCUCUCACGCAAGGCCAAGAGCAUCCCAGUGCAGACCUUCGAGGUGAAGCUGGAUAUCACCCUGGGGGACCUGACCAAGAUUGGGAAGUCACAGAAGUACACUCUGAGUGUGGACGUGGAGGGGGGUAAACUAGUGGUGCUGAAGAAGCAGAAGGACUCCCAGGAGGACUGGAACACCUUCACCCAUGACAAGAUCCGGCAGCUGAUCAAGUCACAGCGGGUGCAGAACAAGCUCGGCAUCGUUUUUGAGAAGGAAAAGGAUAAAACGCAACGGAAGGACUUUGUUUUUGUCAGUGCUCGGAAGCGUGAGGCUUUCUGCCAGCUCCUGCAGCUGAUGAAGAACAAGCAUUCUCACCAGGAUGAGCCUGACAUGAUUUCUGUCUUCAUUGGCACCUGGAACAUGGGCAGUGUUCCUCCCCCCAAGAACAUCACUUCGUGGAUCACCUCCAAGGGGUUGGGCAAGACUCUGGAUGAGGUGACGAUGGCCAUACCACACGACAUCUAUGUCUUCGGCACCCAGGAGAAUUCUUUGGGAGACAAGGAGUGGGUGGACUUUCUGCGCACUGUCCUCAAGGACUUCACAGAAGUUGAGUACCGCCCGGUGGCCAUGCAGUCCCUGUGGAACAUCAAGGUGGUGGUGCUGGUGAAGCCAGAGCACGAGAACCGCAUCAGCCAUGUCAGCACCUCCAGCGUCAAGACAGGGAUCGCCAACACCCUAGGGAACAAAGGCGCUGUGGGUGUCUCCUUCAUGUUCAAUGGCACCUCCUUUGGCUUUGUCAACUGCCACCUCACCUCUGGCAAUGAGAAGACGGCACGGAGGAACCAGAACUACCUGGACAUCCUGCGCCUCCUCUCACUGGGGGAUAAGCAGCUGAACUCCUUUGACAUCUCCCUUCGCUUCACUCACCUCUUCUGGUUUGGGGACCUCAAUUACCGCCUAGACAUGGACAUCCAGGAGAUCCUCAACUACAUCAGUCGCAAGGAGCUGGAGCCGUUGCUGAAGGUGGAUCAGCUCAAUCUGGAGAAGGAGAAGCACAAGGUGUUCCUGCGCUUCGGUGAGGAGGAGAUCACCUUCCCUCCAACCUACCGCUAUGAGCGAGGCUCCCGGGACACCUAUGUCUGGCACAAGCAGAAGCCCACAGGGGUACGUACUAACGUGCCAUCCUGGUGUGACCGCAUCCUCUGGAAGUCCUACCCUGAGACUCAUGUCAACUGCAAUGCUUACGGGUGCACAGAUGACAUUGUCACCAGUGACCACUCGCCUGUCUUCGGCUCCUUUGAAGUGGGAGUGACAUCCCAGUUCGUUUCCAAAAAAGGGCUCUCCAAGUCCUCAGAGCAGGCAUACAUCGAGUUUGAGAGCAUAGAGGCCAUCGUGAAGACGUCCAGUCGCACCAAGUUUUUCAUCGAGUUCUAUUCUACCUGCCUGGAAGAGUUCAAGAAGAGCUUUGAGAAUGACAGCCAGAGCAGUGACAACAUCAACUUCCUCAAGGUGCAGUGGUCAUCCCGGCAGCUGCCCACGCUGAAGCCCAUCCUCUCCGAGAUUGAGUACCUGCAGGACCAGCACCUCUUGCUCACCGUCAAAUCCCUUGACGGUUAUGAGUCCUACGGGGAGUGUGUCAUUGCCCUGAAGUCAAUGAUUGGCAGCACAGCGCAGCAGUUCCUCACCUACCUGUCCCACCGUGGUGAGGAGACCGGCAACAUCCGUGGCUCCAUGAAGGUCCGGGUGCCCACGGAGCGCCUGGGCACCCGCGAGAGGCUCUAUGAGUGGAUCAGCGUCGAUAAGGAUGAGACGACAGCCAGCAAAGGGAAGGUGCCACUAGCUGCCAGGGCCACCCAGGACAAUGCCAAGUCUGCAGGGCGAAAACCCACCGGUGCUGAGACCCUCACCACCAUCCUGGCGAAGCUCCCAGAGGAGCCUGAGAAGAGCAGCACCCCAGCAGCAUCUCGUCCCCCUGCCCCACACCGCAGCACCCCCAGGGACGAGGCCGCCCCAAGCCGGUCCAAGGCGGAGGCAAUGCCAGAGCUGUCAGGGGGUCCCCUGAAGAACAGCUUCAACAACCCAGCAUACUACGUGCUGGAGGGGGUCCCCCACCAGCUGCUGGUGCGGGGUGACCCUGGCAAGCCCCCCAAGGCCAAGGUGCAGCUGGCAGUACAGGAGUGCUGCCAGUGCCCCUCAACGUGCUGUGGUGGCGAGAGUGAUGAGGAAGAGGACCUCGGCACCCUCAACCUGCCACCGCCGGAUUUUCCCCCACCGCCACUGCCACGGGAGCUGGAGCUCCCCCCAAACACCUUCUUCAGCACCACGAAGGAGCUGCUGGUGUCCACCGGGUGUGAGGACCCAAAAACCCACCCUGCUGCCUUAGGAGAGGCUCCCCUGCCUAAGCCUCACCCCCGGCCACCCCCAGCCACCAGGGCUGGUUUUGGGAUGGAGGGGGCUGGUGGGACGCCUGUUACCGGGGGGCUGCCUGCAGUUGGGGGGCUGCCCACUCCUGGCGGCCUGCCGGGAGGGCUGCUGGAUGACCGAUCCUGCUCAGUGUUGCAGAUGGCCAAGACGCUGAGUGAGGUGGACUAUGGGGGUGGGAAGGGGAGGGUGGUCCCCCCACCACCACUGCUGGCCAAGGGGGGGUUGCCUCCCCGCUGCCUGCACCCCGACUAUGGCCACCCCCUUGCCUUCCCUCCCCACUCCAUCCAGGAGAGCAUCCAGGAGGACCUGGCUGAGGAGGCGCUGGGCCGUGGUGUGGGCACCGUGCCCGGUGUGGGCGAGUGGCUGCGGGCCCUGGGGCUGGAGCGGUACGAGGAGGGGCUGGUGCGCAAUGGCUGGGAUGACCUGGAGUUUCUCAGUGACAUCACAGAGGAGGACCUGGAGGAGGCUGGAGUGCUGGAGCCUGGCCACAAGCGCAUCCUUCUGGAGAGCCUCCAGCUUCGCAAGUAGCUGCCGCCGCACAUCCAGCAUCCCGUGCAUCCUAUGGCCCAGCAUCCCAGAUCCUGCGGCUGCAUAUUCUGCAUCCUGCAGCCCAGCAUCCCAAAUCCUGCAGCCCUGUAUCUCAGACCUUGCAGCUGUGUGUCCUAUGGCCCAGCAUCCUGCAUCCCACAGAUGCACAUCCUGGAUCCCAUGGCUGUGCAUUUCACAUCCUGCUGGCACGUAUCCUGGACCCUGUGGCUCUGCAUCCUGCAGCUGAGCAUCCCAGAUCCUGCAGCCGUUCGUCCACAGCCCAGCAUCCUGUGGCCACAUACCCAGGGUGCCAUGGAUGUGCAUCCCAGGUCCUGCAGCUGUGCAUCCUGCAGCUGAGGAUCCUUCAUCCUACAGUCCCACAUCCUGCAUCCAUUCAUCCCACCAUCACCAGCAGCAAGUGGGAGCCCCACGACCUCCACAGCCCGUCCCCCACCCUGGAUGCUGGGUAAUGGGGUGGGAAGGGGGGGUGGUGUGUCCUGGUCAGAUAAUUUCAUAUGAGGAUCCCUACGGGGUGCCCUCACAUUUAAGUUAUUUUUUAUUUAUUGGGAGAAGGGAUGGUGGUUGAGGUGUUUGGGGGUAACCCUUGGGAUCCUGGCUCCCCCCAUGACUCCUCACAGCUAGGAGGAGGAGGCUCUGAGCAAAGUCAUGUCUCAACCCAAGUGCCUUCAUGAUGCCUGGGCUGAGCUGGGAUAGGAUGGGAUGGGAUAGGAUAGGAUGGGAUGGCUCAGCCAGCCCCUAUAGACAGCACUGGGCACAGCUCGGAGUCCCCAUCCCCAACUCUUAAGGAUCCUGUCCCCACCCUGAAGGUCCCAUCCCCACUUUGAGGGUUCCUGUCUCCUCCUGGGCACCCCUGUCCCCCUGAGGGUCCAACAUGGAUGUCCCACUCCAACCCUGGAAGAUCCCCAUCCCCACCCACGGGGUGCCUAUCACUAUCCCCUUGCUGUACAUCCCUGUGCCAACUCCUGUCCCUAUGCUGGACAUCAUAUCUGCACACCAGGGGUUCUACCCCACCCUGAUGAUCCCCAUCCCUGCCCUGGAUGUGCUGUCCCCACCCCUGGGGGUUCCUGUCCUCACCCCAUGGGUCCCUGUCCCCAUGUCCAGGGGUUCCAUCUCCACCCCAGGUAUCGGUCUCCAUGACAGGAAUCCCUGUUACCAUUUCUGGGGGUCCCAUCCCCUCCCUGGGGGUCUCUGUUCCUGUCCUAUGGUUGCCUGUCCCCUAUCCCUGGAGAUCAUUUUCCCACCAUAGGGGUCCCUGUUCCCACCCAUGGAGGUGCUGCCCCCAUCCCCAGGGCCCCCACCCCAAGGAUCCAUCCCACCCAGAGGUUCCAUCCCCAGGGGUCCUGUCUUCCCCAUACUGGGGAUUCUGUCCCCACCUGGAUGGGUGUUGUCCCCACCCCUGGCGUCCCUAUCCCAACCAUGGGAGUCCCAUUCUCGCAUGGCAGGGUCCCCAUCCCCACUCUGGGGAGAUGUCCCCAUGCUGGAAGUACCAUCCCCAGCCUGGCAAUCCUUUCAUCGCAGAGCCAGAUCAGUGCCUUCCCCCAGAGCCCACCCCACACCACCAGUGCCUCUGGGGCAUACCCCCACUCCCACCCAGUUUGCCCAUUAGGUACUUGCUGGGUGUGCCCACCCCUCCCCGGGGCUUUUGCGUUGCCCUUGGGGGCAGCGGGGCUGGCAACCAGGUCUCCUUGUGGGUGCUCAGCCCCCAGCCUUGCCAAGUGUCCUUCCAGGAGGGUUCCCAGGGUGGGGGUCCCCAGGACAGGGAUCCUCCCGCUGUGCCUUCCCCACUGGGAUACCCCCCCCCAAUCCCCCACUCCGGCUGAGAUGAAGGAUGGGCCAGGCCCCCCUGGCAUCCCCCAACAUCCCCCCCUUUCUUACUGGGGGUGUUUGGUGUGAACUUCCCCCCACUAAACCCUCAGCUCCUCUGUUUGGAGGUGUUUGGUAAAUCUGGAGUGAUUUUUGUCAUGUUCAUGCAAUGGGUAUGGUGGAGCUCUCAGUGUGGGGAAAGGUCUGGGGAGGGGGACAAGAUAGGGAACCAGGGGGAAGAACUGGGUCCCAGCAUAAUCUGUGACCCCUCCAAGCUGUCUGUACUGGUCCCAGCAAGGUGGAGUCCCUUGUCCCCUUCUUGACCGUAUUGGGUACCUCAGACCACUCCCCCAAUAGCCUGGCAUGCACCUUGUCACCAUGCCAGUGCCCCCAAGACUUUCUUCAUCAUCACCCCCCAAAGGGUCCCUAGAGGCCAGGGGAGCUGUGUGGGGCACCCCUCUCCUCACCCCACCCCACUUGGGGCUUCCCAUGGGAUGCCCCCUCAUCUUCCUGCAGCUGCUCGGGGUCUUUGAGUGGGGGGCACCCAAAACAAUCCCUGAGGUGCUGGAGGUCUGUGGCAUCACCUGGGGGGUUCUGGUGGCUUUCAGAGGUUUUGGGGAUGGGACUAUGCAGCCCCCCACCCCUGAAGCCCUUGGCGGGUUGGGGUGCAGCAAGGGCUGCAGGCCAGCAGCAGCGUCAAUAAAUUAAGUUUAAUUUGGA